AUGACAGACAUUAUUAUAAUAACCAUCAUUCAUCUACCCUGGGGCUCCGUUCAGUCCAGUACGCCGCGGUGUGAGUAGCCCAUCCGGGAAGCGCACAUCAGCAGAGUACCAUCCUAUGCGCCUCUUGGGUGUCGAGGGCGAGAGGUGCUAACUGUUCCCCGAGCAAUUACGUCGGAGGGAAGAGGACGACGUUGCCUUGCCAUCUCAGGAUUAAACCAUGGCUAAUGAACCUGUCAUCCUUAAUGUGUAUGAUAUGUACUGGAUCAACGAGUACACUUCCACUCUGGGUGUUGGAGUCUACCACUCAGGCAUUGAGAUCUAUGGACGAGAGUUUGCGUAUGGAGGUCAUCCGUACCCAUUUAGUGGUAUAUUUGAAAUAAACCCUGGAAACACCACUGAAUUAGGAGAGACCUUCAAAUUCAAGGAGGCCAUCGCUUUGGGCACAACAGACUUUGCUGUGGAGGAUAUGGAUAAAAUCAUGGAGGACCUGGGAACAGAUUUCAAGGGCAACUCCUACCAUCUAAUGCACAAGAACUGCAACCACUUCUCCUCCUCGCUGUCUGAGCUGUUGUGUGGGCGUGAGAUCCCUCGCUGGGUGAACCGCUUGGCCUACUUCAGCUCCUGCGUGCCCUUCCUCCAGACCUGCCUCCCUAAGGAGUGGCUGACCCCCGCUGCCCUCCAGAGCCACAUCAGCAUGGGGCUCCACAAGGAGGAGCGGGAGGCUGGAGAGUCCAGCGACGAGGACCCCAACUCAGCCUCCGGGACCGCUGGGGCUGGCACCGGAUCCUCACACAGCUAUCGCCAUACACUAGUCUGAACCAAUAACUGUAGGUCUGAAGAGAAUAGCCAAUAGGACUCUCUUUAUAAUGACCUUUGACCUCUGGACCAGAAGGUCACCAGCUCAGCCCUGCAGGGGAUGUGUAGUGAUAUUAUAUCUGUGGGCCUGACUGAAUAACCACCUGACCUCAUAGUAGCACCACUCUGAGAACAGAGAUGGAGGACGGAUGAUGAAUUAGGAUGCUAGUACUAAACUCAUAAAGCCGCCGGGCCAAGGGGACCUGCAAAAUCCACCUGGAUCCUUUUCCUGCUUUUCUCCCUUUUUUUCAGAGUACCGUAGAUAUAUUCUGAAGGAUUUGUUAUAGGCGUUGACAAACUAACUCAGACCACGGCAUGGUUCUCUCAGAUUGACCACAGCUACAUUAUGUAGGGACGGCAGGGUAGCCUAGUGGUUAGAGCGUUGGACUAGUAACCGGAGUGUUGCAAGUUCAAAUCGCCGAGCUGACAAGGUACAAAUCUGUCGUUCUGCCCUUUGAACAGGCCGUUAACCCACUGUUCCUAGGCCGUCAUUGAAAAUAAGAAUUUGUUUUUAACUGACUUGCCAAGUUAAAUAAAAGUAAGGUAUGUACUAUAGGGCUGGGGUACUUUCUAGUGUUUGUCUUUUUCCCAGGUAUUUUUAAACCUUUGUCAGCCUUCAUCCCGAAUGCCCUUCUUCCAGAGCAGCUUCUUCUUUAGACUAGAUGUAUAUCUGACACCACAGAGAUGCACCCAACUAGAUGUAUAUCUGACACCACAGAGAUGCACCCAACUAGAUGUAUAUCUGACACCACAGAGAUGCACCCAACUAGAUGUAUAUCUGACACCACAGAGAUGCACCCGACUAGAUGUAUAUCUGACACCACAAAGAUGCACCCGAUGCCAAUUUCGGGAUGCAGUCUUAUUAAGUAUCUCUCAGUCUGAGACGACUGGUAUUGUGGCACUAGCAGGAUGUUACUCUCUGCUAGUUUCAAGAGGUUCAAUAGCUCCCUUCCUUGGCCUUCAGUUGUAAUGGUCAGUGAUGCCUGUUUUGUUGAUGUGUUGGGGUAAGUUAAUAUGCUGGCCAUUUUAGAAGUUGAAGAAGCAGAACCAUACAUAGCGAUAUAUAUUCUCUGUUUGGGAGGAACUCCCUGUGGGUUGUUUUGAACGAGCACGUUUCUGCUAAACGUCAUUCUUUUUAACUCAAAACAAUGUGUCAAGAAACAAAGGAUUCGACAAUAAGAAGUGAAGACAUCUAAAUUUAAUCUCUGAUCGUAUUCAUUUUAUCAUAUGAAUAUUUAUAUUAGGGUGUUAUUUGUCCAUAGCAUGGUCUCGUGCAUUGUUUAACAAGAUGGUGUCUGCACCCCAUGUAUUUUUGCCAAUUUACCACUAUCGUGAAUAACACUGUCAGAUGACUCUGAAAGUUGCAUUUACACUCUUCUUCCAUGGAAAUCUUUCAUGAUGAAACUCAUAGUAACUGUUGAAUCACAGGCCUUGGAUGACACUCCCUGCUGCCUUCCCUGCUGCCUUCCCUGCUGCCUUCCCUACUGCCUUCCCUACUGCCUUCCCUACUGCCUCCCAAACUGCCUUCCCUGCUGCCUUCCCUGCUGCCUCCCCCACUGC